AUGGCCACCACCAACCCAGCUCCGCCACGACAACUCUCCCAGAAAGAAGCCGACAUCCAGAUGAUGUUAGCCGCCGAUGUCCAUCUCGGUACAAAGAAUUGUGAUUUCCAAAUGGAAAGAUACAUUUUUAAGCGCCGCAAUGACGGUAUUUACAUUAUUAAUCUUGGAAAGACGUGGGAAAAGCUUCAACUUGCUGCUAGGGUUAUAGUAGCAAUUGAAAACCCUCAGGACAUAAUUGUUCAAUCUGCUAGACCUUAUGGACAGAGAGCUGUUCUCAAAUUUGCUCAGUAUACUGGUGCUCAUGCUAUUGCUGGUAGACACACUCCUGGUACAUUCACCAAUCAGCUUCAAACUUCGUUCAGUGAGCCUCGUCUUCUUAUCCUCACUGACCCGAGAACCGAUCACCAGCCCAUCAAGGAAGCUGCACUUGGAAACAUUCCCACAAUUGCUUUCUGUGACACUGAUUCUCCCAUGAGAUAUGUUGAUAUUGGGAUUCCGGCUAACAACAAGGGAAAACAUAGCAUUGGUUGUCUCUUUUGGCUUUUGGCUAGGAUGGUGUUGCAGAUGCGUGGUACUAUUCGCCCUGGCCUUAAGUGGGAUGUCAUGGUGGAUCUAUUCUUCUACAGAGAACCAGAAGAGGCCAAGGAGCAAGAGGAAGAUGAAGUUCUUGCUCCAGAUUAUGCCAUUGCCGAUUUCAAUGCAGCUUCUAUUCCCAAUGAUGGACAAUGGCCUGCUGCCAUUGAUCAUACAUGGACUGAUGCUGCUCCACAACCCAUUCCAGCAGUUCCUGCUGUAAACUGGACAGCCCCAGAAGCUGUUGCAGGGGACUGGGGUGAAGCUGUUCCUCCACCACAACAAACAGGUGCUCCCGUAAUUGAAUCUAUCCAAGCGACUGGUUGGGAAUAA